AUGAAAUCACAAAAUAAAUUACUUUGUAGGAAACUUGAUCCCGUAGAAGUAAAGUCUUUCCUCAAUGAUAAGAUUCUUAUCUAUCAGAAGAAAUUAGAAUGUUAUGAGAAAAGAUCCCGGUUUAGACUAGAAAAUAGGAAGUUUGAGUUGUAUCGUGGUAAGUUCUACAGAGAAUUAGAAAGUAUUAAGAUAAAUCAUCAUAAUGUUAAUGUUGAGGACAUAAAGAAUUUCUGGAGUUCAAUGUGGAAAAAGGACACUAAGACCAAAGAGCCUAAAGUAUACUCAGAAUAUGUAAAUGAAGUGGUCUCAUUGGUCAAUAAAAACGAUAAAAGAUUCCUUAGCUACUCUGAAUUCUUAGAAAUAGUUUCAAGAUUACCAAAUUGGAAGGCUGCUGGACCGGAUGGAAUUUAUAACUUCUUUGUGAAGAAACUGACAUCAAUUCAUGAAAUCAUGUAUAAUCUUAUUAAGAAGCAAUGUUUAGAUGGAUUUAAAGAAGAAGAAUGGUUGUAUAAGGGAUUAACAUAUCUUAUUCCGAAAGAAGAAUGUCAUAAAGGUGAAAAUCAGCUAGGAACUAUCAGAAGCAUACAAGGAGCUAAAGAACAAGCCAUGCUAAAUAUAUCUUUAAAUAUGGAGCAUGAUAACAAACUUAAAUCUUGUUGGAUUGAUGUUAAGAAAGCUUUUGACUCAAUCGAACAUGACUACUUGCUAGAAUGCUUAAAGAAUCUUAAUUUUCCUAUAUGGAUUCUCAAUUUUGUAAAAAAUAUUACCUCUAAAUGGAGCAUUGAUGUCUUGAUGGACAAUAAAAAACUAUUUACAAAUAAAAUCUCUAAAGGAAUCUUACAAGGUGAUAGCUUGUCCCCCCUUCUAUUCGUAAUUUGUAUGGAUCCUUUGAGUAAGAAACUGAAUAGCAUUUAUCCAAUGGUAAAUGUAGAAAUUGAAAAAGACAAAUCUUACAUGACCAACCAUCUACUCUUUAUAGAUGAUAUCAAGCUUAUUUCUAAGGAUAAGGAAAUAUUAAAAAGAUUGAUGACAGAGGUUAUGAAGUUCUUUGAAUUAGUAGGUCUAGAGAAAAAUAAGGAAAAGUCUGCAACUAAUUGUAGAGCAUUAGAACUAGAAGCAAACUUUAUUGACAAUAGAAAUUUCUAUAAAUAUCUUGGUGUAACAGAAUAUAGUAACAGAAUUUUGAAUAUAGAACCUGAGGUAUUUGAAGGCAUUGACGCACAAAUAAGACUUAUCCUUAUAAAAAAUGGAAUUCAUCUGCAACCAGCAUGCAAGGAAAAAUUAUAUCUGAGUAGAAAAGAAUUAGGUAGAGGAUUGUGUAGCCUGGAGUUUAAAAGUGAAAGAGAGUAUCUAAGAGUAAAGUAUAACUUAUCUAAUAAUAAUACUUUAAAAGACUUAUAUGACUCCCAAAGGAAAAACUUAUAUAAUAAAAUUAAUGCGAAACCAGUCCAUAAAAUAUUAUAUAAGGCAGAAGAGAAUCAAAUGGUAUCCAUCUUAGAUUCAUCAAUAUGGCUAAGCAGAGGUAACGUACAGGCAAAAAGUGAGGGUAUAAUGUGUUACGUCCAAGAUAGAAAUAUGUUCAAUUCGGACAAACAAAUAUGCCCCCAUUAUAAAGCAAGUAGGAAAACCGUUGACCAUCUAGCUACCAGAUGCGAACAGAUGCUAGACCAUGACUAUAUGAGAAGACACAACGAAAUAGUCAAAUGUCUACACCUCCUUUUGUGCAAGAAAUACAACAUAAAAGCAGCUAAGAGACUCCGAGGUCACUCUGUCCAACAAGUCGUUUCAAACGGACAAACAGAAAUCAGAGUUGACACUACAAUUAGAACUGAUAUAACAGUUAAGUGCAAUAAACCAGAUAUACUGGUUGAAUCUGAGAAACUUAGAAAAUAUGACAUACUAGCUAAUAAAUUGACUCAAAUAUAUAGCUUUCAAACAAAAAUAAUUCCAUUUGUUUUGACCUGGGAUGGUAUCGUUACAAAAUACCACAGAAAAUAUAAAGAAGCUCUUAAUAUUCCUUUCAAUCUGGAAGCAUACAUUCAGUAUGUAUCUCUUAAGAAAACAAUGGAAAGCAUAUCCAUGGACUUCAGAAGACAGGAUGUAGACUUGAAAGAUUUUGACGAGGUGAAUUUAAUAGCUGAAACAGUGGUAAGCUCUGGUGUUUGUGAUUCAAAUAAGAAUACUUUUCUUGGCGAAAAAACUAAAUUUCCACAUUGUAAAGAAAAGAGAAGAACUGUUGAUCAUCUUGCAACUAGAUGUGAUAGAAUGCUUAGCUUUGACUACACUAGGCGUUAUAAUGAAGUUGCUCGAAGCAUACACUUACAACUUUGUCAGGCGUACAAUCUCAAAGCAUCAAAAAAGCUUCAAAAUCAUUCUGUGCAGGAGGUACUUAGCAAUGAUAAGAUAGAAAUUAGAGUAGACACUAAAAUUUCCACAGAUGUAAAAAUCCAGCAUAACAAGCAUGACAUAUUUGUAUACGACAAAAUAAAAAAAGAAAUAACCUUAAUCGAGGUCGGUAUUACAAGUCAGGAAAAUUUACAGUCUGUGGAGAGUGAAAAGAUGAGAAAAUAUGAUCUUUUAGCUAACGAAUUGGGUCUUAUAUACAAAGCUAAAACAAAAAUUAUUUCUUAUAUUAUGACAUGGGAUGGACUGGUGACUAUCUUUCAUAAAACAUAUGUUAGAGUGCUUGGCAUAUCAACCUCGACUGAUUAUAUACAAAGAGGUCAGAAUGAAGGAGGAACGGCUUUGUUAGAUAUAGAGGAUAAAUAUGGAGGCUUAUGCUGUAAUGUAGAUGUAAAGCAUUCUAAAUCUAAGUUUGUCACUAACAAGUAA